AGAUAAGAUAUCCCUCGGUGUUAGCUCGGCUGGGUGAGGCAGGCGCGCUAGUGAAACUUCCGUCGUCAAUGUUCGCGAUGGAGAGUCGACGACCAGCUGUUGGCCUCUGGUAUCACCCAACACAUCAACACUAAACCUCCCACCUCCACAUCACGUCGUCAUCAUGGCCGAGACCGCAGCUUCGCGACCUCAAAGCACGGCGGAGCAGCUUAUUAGAACCUCUUCGAAGCGCACACGAGAGAUAUUUGCCGCCGACUUUGCGUCUCCCGCCGCACUAGAUCACGCCUCUAAUGGCAGUUUUUCGAUCCACCCGACAACACCAGCACCCUUAGCCGCCGCAGAUCAGGCCAGCGUCGCAUCGCGCAUUCGCAACGAAUAUGAGCAUGUACGCGAGCUCCCACCUGCACUGGCCGCGAAAAUGGCUAGCGCAGCAUCCACGGCGGCCGAACGACGUAAGAAGAUCAAGGCGCAGAAUGCCGAAGAGAAGGCAUCGGACCCUAAGAUGCAGAGGAUGAUUGAUGGUGUCGCAGAGAAGGCGGACAAAGCACGCGACGCGCAGUCGAUGCAGUUGGCAGUGAGGGCCGGAGGAAAGGGCGCCGCGCCAAAUGCCCAAGGACCUACGCCAAAUAGAGAUCAGACGUCCAGCGCGCUGGUGAGGAAGGACGUGGUUCGUCAAGCGAAGCCUGACUGGCAUGCGCCCUGGAAGGUCAAGACGGUCAUUAGCGGACAUAUGGGAUGGGUGCGAUCAGUGGCAAUGGAGCCUGGAAACCAAUGGUUCGCUACGGGUGCCGCAGACAGGACGAUUAAACUUUGGGAUCUGGCUAGUGGUCAACUGAAGAUUACAUUGACAGGACACAUUUCGGCAGUUAGAGGGCUCGCAGUGAGCCCAAGACACCCAUACCUUUUCUCUUGCGGAGAAGACAAGAUGGUCAAGUGCUGGGAUCUCGAGACCAACAAGGUCAUCAGACAUUACCACGGCCACUUGAGCGGAGUCUACUCGCUUUCGCUCCAUCCGACCGUAGAUGUGCUCUGCACAGGAGGACGAGACGGUGUAGUCCGCGUUUGGGACAUGCGAUCGCGCAGCAACAUCCACGUCCUCGGAGGCCACAAGGGAACCAUUUCCUCAAUCCAAUGCCAAGAAGCCGAACCUCAGGUUAUCUCCGGAAGCAUGGAUAGCACAAUACGACUCUGGGAUCUUGUCGCAGGAAAGACGCGUACGGUACUUACCCACCACAAAAAGUCUGUUCGCUCUCUUGCCACACAUCCAACAGAAUUCACAUUUGCCUCUGGAUCUGCGCAAUCGGCGAAGCAAUGGCUGUGUCCGGAAGGCAACUUUAUGCAGAACUUCUCGCCCGUCAACAGCAUCAUCAACACACUCUCUGUCAACGAGGACAACAUCAUGUUUGCUGGUAGCGACAAUGGUGAAGCCUCAUUCUACGACUGGAAGACAGGUCACCGCUUCCAGCACACAGAAAGCAUCGCACAACCGGGUUCUCUUGAAGCGGAAGCGGGUGUCAUGUGUUCGACGUUUGACAAGACUGGUCUGCGUCUCAUCACUGGAGAGUCGGACAAGUCAAUCAAGAUUUGGAAGCAGGACGAGAACGCUACUGAAGAGACACAUCCACUCGACUGGAAGCCGACACUCGGACGGCGAAAGUUCUAGAGUAGGUUGCCUUGAAGAGACGAAGCAGCUUGUGCAUAGUGUUUGGAGUUGGAUUGGCGUCAAGAAUGUAACAUUAUUGGGAUCAUGGCAUUGUUUGCAUAGGAGGUUAUACCAAGCACGGAGAGCGCAAUCAUUUCCACGGUCAUCGAUAGCGCAUAUAAAGACUCAGCAUGAUACAGAUAGUUCAACAAGUAACUUUCACCUCAGG